AUGAGCUCCGCGCAGGGCCGGAGAGUGGGCCGCGGUGCGGCGGGCGCUGCAGCCCGGGGCGGGCGUAGCGGGCUGGUCUCGGCGGUGCUGACGGCCUCCCCUGUCUUUCUCUUUCCGCCCCGCGCAGCCUGCGCGGCCGCGGAGCCCCCGCUGCGCUGGGAGCCGCGGUGCCGGCAGCAGCUCCGCCACCUGCAGGACGGCGCCAGGAUCGCGGCGCGGCUGCCUCCCCGCCUGGAGGGCCGAUGGGUCUCCACCGGGUGUGAGGUGCGGCCAGGACCAGAGUUCCUCACCCGAUCCUACCUCUUCUACUCCAACCGCCUCUUCAAGGCUUACCAGUUCUACUACUGGGACCCCUCCUGCCACGACCCCUCCUACACGCUGGUCAUCAAGGGCAAGCUCCGGCUGCGCCAGGCCUCGUGGAUCACUCGUGGGGCCACCGAGGCCGACUACCACCUCCACAAAGUUGGCAUCGUUUUCCACAGCCAGAAAGCCAUGCAGGAGGUGGCCUCCUGGAUCAACCAGACCUCCAGUGAGGGCUGCAGUGGGUUCUUGCACCCAGGGCGCACCUGGGCUCCUGGAGUCCUCUAUGAACUGCUGAGUGCCAAGACUGAGCGUGACUGCACAGCUGCCUUGGGCUUCACCAUGCAUGAACUCAGUCUGGUGCGGGUGGAGAAGCACUACCAGCCCUUGCUGCAGCCCCAGCAGAGUGGGAGCCGGCUGGUGGAGGAGCUGUACCUGGGGGACAUUCACACGGAGUGGGUCGAGAGGCUCCACUACCGACCAACUGGUUAUCAGCGACCGAUGCAGAGCGCUGUGCACCACGUGCAUCCUUGCCCGGCCUGUGGGAUCAUAUACAGAGCUGAUGAGCACCACCCACCCAUACUGCCUGCUAGGGCUCAGCUUCCCAUGCAGCUCAGCGGCAGCUGGGUGAGCACCCACUGCGAGGUCCGACCUGCUGUGCUUUUCCUGACCAGGUACUUCAUAUUCCAUGGUCACAACCACACCUGGGAAGGUUACUACUAUCACUACUCCGACCCGCUCUGCAAACAGCCGACCUUCACCAUCUAUGCAUCUGGGCAUUACACCCAGGGCAUCCCCUCCUCCAAAGUGAGAGGUGGCACAGAGCUGGCCUUUAAAGUCACUCAGGCUCGGGUGACACCGAUGGACCAGGUGACAGUAAUGAUGCUGAACUCCUCAGAACCUGGAAGCUGUGGGCUGACAAGCUCCUGGAGUGCUGGGGUGGAGCAGGAUAUAACCCCCACAAAUGGAUGUUUGGCAUUGGGCAUCAAGCUGCCCCACACGGAGUAUGAGCUUUUCAAAACGGAGCACGACACGAGAGACCGCAGCCUGCUGUACAUCGGCGAGAGGCCCACGGACGGGUCCAGCCCAGACAGCCCCGACAAGAGACCCACCUCCUAUCAGGCACCUCUGAUUCAGUGUGCGGGGGCGUCAGGGGAAUUCUCCAGCUAUGUUAGUCUGAAAUACUUGGGAAAGAAUGAUGCUAAUGGGAAUGAAGCACUAAAACCUUUGCCUGUGGCCUUUUUAUUGUUUGUAGCACUUCUGGUUUUAAGAUGGGACUAG